AGAAAUAACUGAUAGUGUAAUAUAGGACGAUAAAAAAGAAGAUAACUUGUGCCUGCACAUUUCUUCCUCUUCUUUUAUCCGUGACUGUUAUCUCUUCACUUUUCUUGUAACCUUCUCAGUUUUGCGUGGCGCAGUCAUGGGUCCCUUUACACUCUCCGUUAUGGUUAAUGACUCUGCCAUUUCAUUACCAGAUGCUUGUUCGAAGAGAAAACAGAACUUUCUUCUGAAAAAUUCUUUUGCAUCGGUUAGCAUGGGAGAUGAAAAGCCUUUUGACUUCUUACGCACUUUAUUUGAGGGCGUUAUUGCAGGAGGUACAGCUGGAGUUGUUGUUGAAACAGCUUUAUACCCAAUCGACACUAUUAAAACACGUCUGCAGGCUGCUCGCGGGGGAGAAAAACUAAUAUUGAAAGGCUUGUAUUCCGGAUUGGCAGGGAACCUUGCUGGUGUCUUACCGGCGUCUGCUUUAUUUGUGGGAGUUUAUGAACCUAUAAAGCAGAAAUUGCUGAGGAUAUUUCCUGAAAAUCUGAGUGCUUUUAGUCAUUUAACUGCAGGUGCCAUAGGAGGCAUUGCUGCUUCAUUGAUUCGUGUUCCAACGGAGGUUAUCAAGCAACGAAUGCAAACUGGGCAGUUUACUUCAGCUUCUGGUGCCGUUCGCUUUAUUGCUUCUAAGGAAGGCUUCAAAGGAUUUUAUGCUGGGUAUGGAUCUUUUUUGUUGCGAGAUUUACCCUUUGAUGCUAUUCAGUUUUGCAUCUAUGAGCAGAUUCGAAUAGGUUAUAUGCUUGCGGCACGAAGAAAUCUGAAUGAUCCAGAAAAUGCAAUUAUUGGUGCUUUUGCAGGUGCACUAACUGGAGCCAUAACUACUCCCCUUGAUGUCAUCAAGACAAGGUUAAUGGUUCAAGGAUCUGCAAACCAAUACAAGGGAAUUGUUGACUGUGUUCAAACUAUUAUCAAGGAAGAAGGACCUCGUGCCUUUUUGAAGGGUAUUGGUCCCAGAGUACUAUGGAUAGGCAUAGGUGGUUCAAUAUUCUUUGGUGUCCUUGAGAGUACAAAACGUUUUCUUGCUGAGAGGCGUCCUAUAGAAUUUCAGCACACAUACUCAGACAAAAGUAAAGAUAAAUAGAUUUUUUUUCCUAGCCUAUCUCACUGGCUUUUUCCAAGAGCAAUAGUUUCUUAAAUACAGUGUACCCUCUUCAAUUUUUCUUUUGUUUUCCAAUUUGAAGCGUUCAGAGAAAAAUAGUAUUUGAUUAUUUUCCUUCCUGCUUGUCCGUCAGCUAUAACAUUGUUCAAUAACUGAAAUGAUUUUUUGUUGAAUUUUGAGAAGCAUGAAUUAAUAAGAAUUGAGACUAAAAAAUAGUCACAUCACUUGAAAA